CAAUCUGUCACCCCAAAAUUGAAUGUUACAUUUAUUAUAAAUUUGAAAAAAAUUACUGUAUCUAAUACAAAGUAAGAUAAUGCCAACGGGUAUAAUUACGUACGAUAUAACACACCUCAGAGGCGCAUUUGCUAAUGCCUUCUUGAUACUGAUAAAUGCCUUAUUUUUCAACAUAAAACUUAUAGGAGACUAUACUCAAUACCCGGCGGAUGCCUCAUCGAAGCUGCUAGAUGGCGAAGAGACGACAUUUGAUUUUAUAAUUGUCGGAGCUGGUGCGGCUGGAUGUGCCUUAGCAAACCGACUCUCGCAACAAGAUCAAUGGAGUGUAUUGUUAAUAGAGGCAGGAGACAUACCUGAGACAACAACAGCGGUGCCGGCACUUUUUCCCACAUUUUUUGAAUCGGCCUUAGAUACAUGGCAAUAUCGGUUAGAAAAAGACAAGGAAACUUGUCGAGCAUACAAAAAUAAACAAUGUUCGAUGUUUAGAGGGAGAGUUCUUGGCGGUACCAGUUCCAUUAACAAUUUACAUUAUUAUCGAGAGCGCAGUCUAGAGAACUCGUUAAACUUAAUAUACCAGAGUAUAGAAUAUUAUCCCAAUGCCGAGGGGGAAAAUGUAUACGAAGGCGAUAUUCAGUUAGAGAAAAUUAAUUCAAGUUCUGAAAUUCGAUCCGUUCUAAGAGAGGCAUAUGAAAAACUUAGUUUUAAUGAAGCGUUGGAAAACUCACCUUUGGGAAUACUGGAGAACUAUUUGACUAUCAAAGAAGGAGAAAGGCUAAAUAUGGCACGAGCAUUCCUCACCUCGGUUAAAAGCCGUUCAAACUUUUUUCUUGCCAAGAAUACAGUCGUCGACAGUAUUGUUACCAAUCACCCCAUAGACAAACGAGUUAAAGGAGUCAACGUUACUAUAUCGGACAAAAAAGUAUUUCUACAGGCACGCAAAGAGCUGAUUCUUACAGCCGGUUCCAUCAACAACGCCAAACUUAUGCUUUUGAGUGGAAUGGGAGCAAAAGACUAUUUACUAACCAGAAAAAUUCCAGUUAUAUUAGAUCUACCCGGUGUUGGAAAGAACCUACAAAUGCACGUUACAAUACCUAUGUUUGUAAGUUUAAAUGCUACGUUUGACAGUAACCAGUCUUCGGAAUUGGAAUUUAUCAGAAGCGUUUUUGAUUAUAUCAUGGUUAGAUCAGGAAAUUUGUCCACUAUUGGAAUACACGAUUUCUCGUUAUAUGCUUCUACAGCUGAACAUCCAACAGAUCCUACAAUUGCCAUACACCAUAACUAUUUUCAUAUACAAGACAGAAUGUUAGCGGCUUGGCUGAACGGUUGGAAAUUCGAACAGAAAAUAUCUACGAACUUACUGGAAAAGAACAGAAACCAACCUAUUUUACUCUUUUUAGUUACACUAAUGCAGCCCAAAUCUCGGGGAGAAAUUCUUCUAAACGAAACUCAUUUUCAGAGUAGUCCCAAUAUAGUUGGAAAUUUUUUGAAAGACGAAGAAAACGAAGAUAUGCGCUCCCUAUUAACCGGUUUCACCCUUGUCACGAACGCCACUGAAACAGCUCCUCUAAAAGAUAUUGGAGCCGAACUAAUAGAUAUCGGACUGCCAGAUUGCAGAAGCUACAAAUUUUGUUCGUUGCAUUAUGUCAAGUGUUACAUAAAAAAUAUGGUGCAUCCGACAUCAGAUGUUGCCGGUACAACCGCUAGGGGGCCUGAAUGCGACAAAUAUUCGGUGGUUAAAAACGAUUUCGAGGUGAAACAAAUGCGGUGUUUGCGAAUCGCAGAUUCGAGCAUACUGAAUGAGAUACCCGUCGGUAACACGGUAGCUAGCGACGCAAUGCUUGGUAUAAGUGUCAGCGAGAUAUUGAAGGAAAAAUGGAUUAAAGAUUAUGUAUCUCCAUUCAAAGCAAAUUAAUUUCAGCAUAUUUAUGUACUCAUGUUAAAUAAAUUAUUAUA